UUAGUUUUAAGGUUAAAGUUUGAGAUAAUGGUAUCUGCAUACACUCUUACAUCACUAGUAGAAGAGAAGAAACUUCAAAAUAGAUUCAUAGUGGAAGAGGAUGAGCGUCCUAAGGUUGCAUAUAACCAAUUCAGCGACGUCAUCCCGGUAAUCUCCCUUGAUGGAAUCGAGGACGAUUCACCGGGAGGACGAAGGGAGGUUAUACGCAACCAAAUAGGUCAAGCCUGUGAGGAAUGGGGGUUGUUUCAAGUCGUCGAUCACGGUGUAGAUACUAAACUUGUUCAUGAUAUGGCUAACUUGGCUAGGGAGUUUUUUGCUUUGCCUGAUGAAGAAAAAAUGAGGUUUGAUAUGAGUGGAGGCAAAAAGGGUGGUUUUAUUGUAUCUAGUCAUAUUCAGAAUGAACUAGUAGCUAAUUGGCGUGAAAUGGUGGCUGUCGUCCCAUACCCAAUAAGAGAAAGGGAUUACACAAGGUGGCCGGAUAAUCCUAAAGAAUGGCGGCCGGCGACGGAGAUUUAUAGUGAGAACAUGAUGGGCCUCGCAGAAAAACUUCUUGGGCUUAUAUCAGAGGCCAUGGGUCUAAAAACGGAUACCAUUACAAAGGUUUGUGGAGAAAUGGCCCAAAGAAUGGCCAUAAACUUCUAUCCCAAAUGCCCUGAGCCCAAUCUUGCAAUUGGGCUCAAAAGACAUACUGAUCCAGGUGCCAUUACUUUGCUUUUACAAGACAAAGUGGGUGGGCUUCAGGCUACUAAAGAUGGUGGGGAGAACUGGAUCACAGUCCAGCCCAUUGAGGAUGCUUUUGUUGUCAACCUUGGUGACUAUUCCUACUAUCUGAGCAAUGGAAGAUUCAAGAAUGCUGAUCACCAAGCAGUAGUAAAUCAUGAGCAUAACAGGUUGUCAAUUGCAACAUUCAUCAAUCCAGAGCAGGAAGCAAUUGUGUAUCCACUCAAUAUCGAGGAAGGAGAGAAUGCAAUAAUAGAAGAAGCUAUUACAUUUGCUGAGAUGUAUAAAAGAAAUAUGUUCAACCAUUCUGAAAGAAGCAAGCUCAAGAAAUUGGCCAAGGAUCAAAAUUUACCAAAAGAGGAAUUAGAGAAGAUGCUUAAGAAUUCUGGCAAAACUACUAAAUCCUUAAAAGAGUUGCUUGCAUGAACAUAUCAAUAACAUGCAAGUAUAAAUGUAAUACUUCUUUUCUAAUCGCUACAUUUUGAGUUUGUCACAGAAUAAUUGUUAUCGACAAAGAGAGUAUUUCUGUCAUAUUAGUAAUAAAAGUUAUACUUGAUCAUUUUAUUAUUAAUGUCUAUGAAUUGA